AGAAAACACUGAAAUCGAUGCCGCGGGCCGCUUAUGAACUGCAAAAAUGACGUACUCGUACUAAUCGCAUUUAUGCAUUACAAAUUUCUCUGUUAAGUUGAACCCGCAUUACAAAUUUCAUUUCUCAUGCUGAGGAUGUUUGUCAUGCGAUUCAUACUAGUACGAUGCUUUUGCAGUUCAUACCGCUAGACCGAGGAUCUUGGAACUGUUGUUGAAGAUCUUCGUGAACAAUUUCGACCCGAAUUUGGAACGGGAAAUUCUUGGAGUUGCGUUUUCCGCGGUGGAUCAUGUCGAAACAAGGAACAAAGAUGAAAUUCCAAAUGCAAAUGCAAUAAAUCGUUCAAACAGUUCUACUGCGACAACAAGAACAACAUCAUCAAGACAAAAGCACUUUCUCGACAUCCAGAGCUGCGACGGGAUUCACAAGGAAAACGAAAAGGCUGCGGAGAUUCUGCAGCGGCACUUUCUGCUCCUACGGUUUUUCGCGGGCAUUCCCUCCGAUUUGCAGCAGGUUGUGAUAGAGAACAGGGUUAAUACGAGCGAAAGAAUCAUGUCGCAAGAAGGAGCUGCUCAACUAAAAACCGCUUCUAGUACGUCGAGUACCCUGUGCUUCGCCGAAUUCGACGAGGUGUGCCGGUCUCUUUGGUUUUUCCUACUUCAGGAGGAAGACGAGAAGAGGAACUUUUUGUCCAGAGACUCCGAAUUCCACGCCAUCAGCAGCUUCGAAGAUACGAUCGCGCUGACGUUGAAAAGGUUGGGCGAAGGAGAAGACGUCCUCGUGAUGGACAAUCAUGUGCACGACCAACAAUUCGCAGGACCACAAGAAAAAGAUCCAGAACAUCAAGCUGAUUUCUCCCCUAGUCAGCGAAAUUUAUCAAGAAAACGCCUACAGGAGGUGAACCGUUUGAUUGCGAAACAGGUAAACUGCCGGGCGAUGCCCGAGUCGAGAACUUUGAUCCUCGGUUUAAUCCGCAUCAUGCUGUUAAACACGACGAAACUCACACUACUCUUCGACCAAUCGAGCUAUUUUCUGAAGAACAGCCUCACCGGUCGGAACGAGCUCGCACCGAUUCAAGACGCGACGAUGAAGAGCACGAUGUUGAUCGGACAGGGGUAUAGGAUUUUGGCGCAGCAACGACAGUUGAUCCGGUCCUCGUUACGGCGUUUGGCGGAGGUGUUGGAAGAUUUCUACCGGAAGUCGUACUUGCCGAAAGCUUUGGUCCAAACUGCAGUUUUGAUGUUCAGCUACUUGGAGAAGGAGGGACUAUUAAGCUGCUUCAGUAGCAGCAGCUAUUAUAGUGGCGGAGUUAAGAACGGUAAUAUGCAUGGCCCAACAGGAGUACGAGCGGG